UUUGGUCUCUGCUGCACAAGUUUGCCGUGGAGAUAACGAUAAAAACAGAAACUCUGUUUCCAUUCCUCCGCUUCUUCUUCCUCCUCUUUUCCACGACCCAAAUUUUCCCCAAAUUCUUCACAACCCUAACCCUAAUCCACUCCAAUUUUCGUUCUCCGGCGCAUCAAGAACCAAAAUUGAGUCCAAUUCGGACUCAAUUCUCAAUUCCCCUCCCUCAAAUCUCAAUUCCGAUUCAAUAAACCCUAAUUCCCGCCCGCGAUUCGUGUCUCCUCGAUGCAGGACACCUUCUCUCCGCCGCCGUCCUCCAGCGACGACGGCGGUGAUCCUUACGGCACCUGGUACGGCAACAUCGAUUACCUUCUCAACAUAUCGGCGAUCGGCGCCCUGUGCUGCCUCCUGAUCUUCCUUUUGGUCAAGCUCCGCAGCGACCACCGCCGCAUGCCUGGUCCCGCCGCGCUUGCCACCAAGCUUCUCGCUGUCUGGCACGCUACCGGCCGCGAAAUCGCCCGCCACUGCGGCGCUGACGCUGCGCAGUUUCUUAUUAUCGAGGGUGGGAGCUGUGCCGUUCUUCUCUCUGUGGCGGUUUUUGCUCUCGUCGGCCUUCUCCCGCUCAACCUCUACGCUGGGACUGCCGUAUUGGAUGAUCAGUUCUCCAUGACCACCAUCAACCAUAUCCAGAAAGGUUCCCCUCUGCUCUGGUUUCAUUUUGUUUUCGCCGUGGUUGUUGUCGUUUUGGUGCAUUUUGGAAUCUCCGCCGCGGAGCAGCGGUUGAGGAUCACUAGGUUUAGGGAUGGUUAUGUUAAUCUGAGUGACCCCAGUUCGGGUUCCACUGCUAUAUUCACUAUAAUGGUUCAGGGUUUGCCCAAAAUUAGAGGAGCUGAUAAGGUUGUGUUGCAUGAGUAUUUUCAGUAUAGGUACCCCGGGAAGGUUUAUAAGGUUAUUGUGCCGAUGGAUCUUUGUGCGUUGGAUGGUUUGGCGAAUGAGUUGUUGCGUGUGAGGGAUGAGAUCUCGUGGUUAGUGGCUAGGAUGGACUCUCGGCUUUUGCCGGAUGAUGAGGAGGAUGGUGCCGGAAGCACGCCCGGGGGAUGGUGGGGUAGGGUGGUUUCUUGUUGGAAACGGUUGAAAGAUGUGUAUGAUGAUAUUAUGGCUAGAUUUGGUUACAGUGAUGAUGAGAGGUUGAGGAAAUUGCAGGAGCUGAGGGCUGAUUUGGAGACUGAUUUGGCUGCCUAUAAAGAAGGCAGUGCCCCUGGUGCUGGUGUUGCUUUUGUUAUGUUCAGGGAUGUGUAUACUGCUAAUAAGGCUGUUCAGGAUUUUCAGAAUGAGAAGAGGAGACGAAUUGGGAAGUUCUUUUCUCUCAUGGAGCUGCGUUUGAGGAGAAACCAAUGGAAAGUUGAGCGUGCUCCCUUGGCCACUGACAUUUACUGGAAGAAUAUGGGGACACCGAAGCAUUCCCUGACGAUUCGGAGGGUGCUUGUUAAUACUUGUUUGUUGUUGCUGCUCUUGUUCUUCAGCUCUCCCCUUGCUGUGAUCAGUGCUGUUAAGAAUGCUGGAAGGAUCAUCGAUGCUGAAGCUAUGGAUAAUGCCCAAACAUGGUUGGCUUGGGUGCAAAGCUCUAGCUGGGUUGCUAGCCUUAUUUUUCAAUUCCUACCCAAUGUUAUCAUAUUUGUUAGCAUGUACAUAGUAAUUCCAUCAGCUCUUUCAUAUCUCUCAAAAUUUGAGCGUCAUUUGACAGUUUCCGGGGAGCAAAGAGCUGCACUCUUGAAGUUGGUUUGCUUCUUCCUUGUGAAUCUCAUUCUCUUGAGGGGUCUGGUGGAAUCAUCAUUAGAGAGUGCCAUCCUGAAGAUGGGCCGGUGCUAUUUGGAUGGAGAAGAUUGCAAGAGGAUUGAGCAAUAUAUGAGUGCAUCAUUCCUGUCAAAGUCAUGCCUUUCCUCACUUGCAUUUAUGAUCACAUGCACCUUCCUGGGUAUAUCAUAUGAUCUCUUAGCACCCAUUCCUUGGAUUAAGAGGAACAUCCAAAAGUUAAGGAAGAAUGACAUGCUUCUGUUAGUUCCAGAACAAAGUGAAGAAUACCCGUUAGAAAAUCAGGACAUAGAUAGUCUUCAGAGGCCACUGAUGCAUGACAGUGUUUAUGACACUUCGAAUGGGGAUAAUCUAGAGGGACAGGAUCUUUUUGUCUAUCCAAUCACUGGAAGCUCACCUGCUCCAAAACAGACAUUCGAUUUUGCUCAGUAUUAUGCCUUCAAUCUCACAAUUUUUGCCCUGACUUUGGUUUACUGCUCGUUUAGUCCACUUGUGGUCCCUGUUGGUGCCAUUUAUUUUGGCUAUAGAUAUGUGGUUGACAAGUACAAUUUUCUGUAUGUCUUUCGAGUUCGGGGCUUUCCUGCAGGCAAUGAUGGGAGGUUAAUAGAUACUGUGAUAUGCAUCAUGCGUUUCUGCGUUGAUCUAUUCCUACUUGCUAUGCUCCUGUUCUUCUCAGUUCAAGGGGACUCUAUGAAGCUGCAAGCUAUAUUCACUCUUGGGUUGUUAGUCAUGUAUAAAUUACUGCCUUCCAGUAAUGAUGGGUUUCAAUCAACUCUUCUAGAGGGCAUUCAAACGGUCGAUAACGUUGUUGUAGAUAGACCAAUUGAUUAUGAGGUAUUUUCGCAGCCCAGGUUUGAUUGGGAUACUUCCCAAAGGUGACAAGAGCUUUGAUAUGGUUGCUAUUCUAUAGAGAUGUAUCUGUUCCCAAAAACAAGCUUGUAACUCGGAAAAAGGUCAUAUAGGAAUGGAGGGAUCACGCUGAGCUAGGGAAGAAAAGGAAAUAGGUUCUUUACGGCUUUACCUGCUAUUCAUAAUUGAUUAUACACGGAUUUUUUUUACAUUUCUAUGUUCUCUACCAUUUCUUAUCUAGUUCCAAUCCAAAGCUUGGCUGGGAUGUGAAUAUUUGGAAUGUACCAUAUGAUAUUUUUGUUAAGUUUAUAGAUUUCUGCAAAUUUAAGGCCA